UGGUACUCUGUGAAAAUGGGGUGUAUUCCAAAUCGAUAUCACCAAAUGAGGUUGCUUCUUGGGGCGCUGUUCUUAAAACUGAAUAAUGACGUUAUAGAUUUACAGGUGCGGAGGGCGGGGCAGGAGUCGCAGACAGAGGAGGAAGAACGUAGAAAGACCGAAAGAGACCGUGGGGAUGUAAGUGUGUAUGCGAUUUUCGGCGCUGCAGGGACAGCGACAUACAGCGUUCUUUCCCAGUCGGGUAACACCAUAUCCCAAAUACAUUACAUUUCUCCCCACAAUGUCUGGUGGAGGAGAAGUCCGUGUUCUCCGCCAGGAGGCUGGGCAGGAGAGCCCGACGAUGCCGGCCUGGAAACGGGAGAUUCUGGAGCGGAGGAAAGCAAAGGGUGGCGGGUCUGGAGCAGGAGCAGCUGAGCCUUGCCCUAGCGCGAGCUCAUCGCGGGUUAAUGGCGAAGUAACGGGAAACAGCAGCGCCUCCAAAAAAGACAAUGAAACCAACGCUGAUUCAGUUCGGAACUACACCAUCACUGCAGCGAGCCAGCACUUUGCAGGCAAGCGUGGCAGUUCCCCCACCUCCCCAGAGCUCUCGCCGGUGAAAACAAACAAAGACCCCUUGACUGCCACCGACCCAUAUGACUCGGAGAAAACGUUAAGCGAUGGCGAGGGACAGGAAAGCCUGGUUCUGCAGGACAGUCUAGGCCCAUUGCAGGAGAACCCCUUCAUCAAACUGGAGAAGGAGCGAAAGAAACGGCAGGACAGGGAGAACGCCAUUCGUCCCGUUCAGCACAUACUGGAAUUGUAUGGCAGUGUACCUGGAAUUCGGACUAUACGCGCUGAGAAUAUCAUUAUCAUAGAAUCCGAUCCGGAUUACUUUACGGGGGCCAGUGGAAUAAAAAGCGGGUUUUAUCUGCAGCAGAAUGGGCUAAGCAGUUACAGCUCCCUCAAUGACCUCUUGGACAGGAGAGCUGGUGGGGUGACCGAGAUACGGGCAAAGGAGGUGGUCAUUUAUGACACCACACUAAGCAGGAGCGAGGAGAACUUGAGCACGCUAGGUCAUCCUUGUCACGAGGGCGCAUUCGAGACAGGAGAGGGUCAGGGCAGGGUGAGCCGCAUGCUGCAGAAAUUUGACAGCAACUACAGAAAACUGCAACCCAAGUCUCGCAGCACAGAGAACCUACUGGACUUGGAGACCAGUUCAAGCAGGCCAAGACAACGACCCAAGCCACAGCCAGAUCUGGUGCCAAAAUACAAAUCACACGCCCAGCCUAGCUCACUAGUCCGCACCCUAGGCAACACACAGUCAUCUUCUUCAGUCUUGCCCAGCUCCCAGUCUUCCAAACCAAAUCUACAGCUCCCUCUUUAUGAGCCUGACAGCACCCUGCACUCUGCCGGACCCCCUCAAUCAGUGUCUUCCUACCGCCAGCGUUUUGAGGUGAGUGGGGGCCACAGUGUGGUGGUCAACCCCAGAGAGGAGGCAGAGGGGCCCCAGACCAAGCCUUUCCGAGAGAGAGAUUGGGAGAGCACAGAGGUGCCCCCCAAAUCCAAGGUGCCAUGCUCUCCGGAUACCUGCUGUGCUCGUGCCGAGUCCCCUGCCAGCCCCACCACACCCCUGAUGUCUCCCCCCUCUCCAGGGUUCGAGAUCCGCCCCUCGCCCCGCCCUGACCUCUCCCAGCUGCCUUCCGGGGACAUCCAGGCUCGUGCCCUUGCCAACCUGCGUCUCCAGUCCCGCAACUCCUUCACCGUCUUCCCCAAACGCCACAGAGCAGCCUCUUCCCCGGGCAGCACGGUCCCCUCCAGCCCCAUCAAGUUUCCUCCCUCCCAGAGAGUGGCAGAGAUGCCCACUCCAGGAGUGCCAAUUCCCAUCACCCCUCCACCCACCCCAGCAGCCUCCAAGAGGAAAGAGGAGGUGAGGGCAGCCAGGCCAACCAAACCAGACCCACCUCCCCCCACCGCCACCUUGCCCCCCUCUCCAUCCCCAGCACCCUCCCCAGUUCCCUCUGUCCAGUCGCCACCUCCAGAGGAUGCCCCUGCUGACCAGCUACCUGUCACCAACAUAGAUGACAUAGAUGUGGACCCCUUGAAGCCUGUCGCCCCCAGUCCCACUCCAGUGAUGCAUGGGCGGAAGGGGAACACCUUCACUGUGGUGCCUAAACGUAAGUCAGAGCCUCAGCCUGACUCUCAAGAGCCCCAGGAGCCCUCCGGAGGGGCCCAGACCCCCCCCACGCCAUCCCAGGCCCCCUACGCACAGCUGGGUUCCCUGCUGAAGAAGCGCUACCCUGCUGUGGAGGAGAUCGAGGUCAUUGGUGGUUACCAGUCCCUGGGACGCUCCUGCCUCAUCAAGACAGGCUCCACUGGCAAGAAGCUGAAGAUAUCGUUCAAAGAGUCGAGCCUGCAGAGCAGCUAUGAGUACCCCUCAGAGAGCAGCGUGUGGGACAGCGAGGAGGAGGAGGAGGAGGAUGAUGAGGAGGCGGCGGCGGAAGGGAAGGGAGGAGGACAGGAGGAAGAUCAGCCCAGCAUGGUGGGCCGCAUCCACAUCCCUCGUCCAAGCUACACCAGCAAUGGCACUGAUCUGUCCAGUUACAUUCCCAAGCACACUGUGGAUUUUAACAGCUGGCAGGAACAUAAGCUUGAUGACCCUGUUUACCAGGGGGACACCAAUUUCCAGCGCACACAGAUGUCAGGGGAAGUUAUGCUCAUCCCAGCAGACAGCUCCUCUCUGUCAGAUUUCAGAAGUGAACCUGCUCUGUACUUCUGAUAUGCCUGGACCAAACAGGAAUGACCACUGCCCUACAGCUUGGACUCAGAACCACAGUUACACAACCCAGGCUGGGACCAGACUCCUACCAGUGCCCAGUGAGACUUAACAGAAUUGGACCUCAAGUCGCACUCCAACACAAUCAAAGCACUCUUUUUCCACACCCUGUUUAGUUUGAUACAUAGACAUCAACCAACCAACCACAUAACCCAAGCAGCUGGACUGUCCUCACCUUACAUGUACAGUUGAUCUGUCUUUUCUCUCAACCACUACCAAUUCCUCUCACUGACUGCCAUUGAGCGGUGAAGUCUGAACCAGAUCUCUGACAGACUGUAUUUGAUUGUCCAAAGAAAUCUGUACUUGGAAGAUAAUCAUGCAUUAUAAUGCGGUUUUCCAGGCUUACGAUCUCUAGAAGGCGGCUAUCUGGCUCCAUUCUGUCUGCCUUGAUGUCUAUCUCUGUGUCUCCAUCAUUGUUGUCAUAUUAUAUAUACUGCGUAUGUAUAACAGGAAUGACCACAAUACAGUGCAUUCAGAAAGUAUUCAGACCCCUUGACUUUUUCACAUUUUAAUGUUAUAGCCUUA